AUGGACCAACACUUCCGGAUGGUGUUCUUGUUCAAGGAGGAAUCAUGUUGUUACUUCAUCAGUGAGUUUGAUGAACAACAGCCCAGGAUGCUGCAGUUUCUAAAUGACCUGGAGGAGAGUGCUGUUCAGCUAGACAGGAUGAAUAAAGGGGCAAAGAUCUCCAGCGUGGCAGGAAGCUCGGUGUUGCAAGAUUUUCUUUUCAUUUGUUUGCACAUUUCACUUCCUGGACAACUAUCAUCGGUUUACACAUAUGUUGUUGUUUUGUCUUACAGAGGAAAACUGCAGAAGGCCUUGUGCCAGUAUAAAAAAGAAACCCUCACUGAUAUUGACACGCUAAAAAAAUUCAGUGAGAGCCUCCCUGAAUGGAAAGAUGCAAGGAAGAAAGAGUUACAAAGGAUCAGGGACAUUAAAGACAGAGCUGAUGAAAUUGACCCGAGCAUUGGCCAUGUUAAACAGUCAGAGAACAAAGGCAAGGCUAUUGUGAAAUAUAUGAAGAGCAAGGUGACCCUCGUGACUGCAGACAGCAGGCGUAAACAGCUGGAGAAGGAGCUUGCUGCUGUGUUGAAGGUCACUCUGGAAGGUCUGGAGAAGCUCAACUGCUUCCUGGAUGCAGUGGAGAGGUUGGCGGUCACCUCGCCGUAUGUGUUUGAGGAGAAGAAGCGAAUGUUGCAUCUGCCCCAAGAGAUCAGCCCUGACACUGUUCAGGUUGUCAUCAUUACUGCUCGGCUGGUCUGUCCACUCCUCCUCAAGUUUAAAAGAGAUGCAAAGGCCUUCUUCCUUCCCAAACUUCAGAAUGUGAAAGUGCUGGAAUAUCAGUUGGACAAAUACAUCCAGACCACCCAGAAGAUCUGUGACAAGUUAGAGGAAAGCUCUUUCAGUGAGUUUUGCCUGAGGAUGAAUAUGGAAACUGUGGUAGAUCUUGAUGUGGAUUUGUCUGAAGAUGACAUACAAAGGAUGCUUCGUCACAUUAAUCAGCUUAAUGAAAUCAGGAUGGACCAACACUUUCGGAUGGUUUUCUUGUUUGAGGAGGAAUCACGUUGUUGCUUCAGCACUGAGUUUGAUGAACGACAGCACCGGAUGCUGCAGUUUUUAAAUGACCUGGAGAAAAGUGCUGUUCAAUUAGACAGGAUGAAUAAGGGGGCAAUGAUCUCCAGAUUGGCAGGAAGCUCAGUGCGGGUGAUUGCAGGUAUUUUUUCCAUCAUUGGGGUGGCAUUAAUUCCUGUGACUGCUGGAGUGUCUCUUGCUCUGAAAAUGACUGGGCUGGGGCUGGGAAUUACCAGCGGAGUCAACAGUAUUGUCACCACAGCCACAGAGACUGGAGUCAACUUCAAAUAUCAAAAGAAAGCCAAUGAAGACUUCCAGAGCUUCAUGGAGGAUAUACAGCGUCUUCAGGAUUGUCUGGACGAGGCAUCCAGUCAAACAGUCACCGACAUAGAAGUAAGUAAGACAGAUGUGGCUGUGGGGGUAGGCAAGGUGCUUUGGAAAGUUCGUGGUGUUGGAAAAAAAUUCAGUUCAUUUGCUCAUGCUGUCUCUGCUAUGAAGAUGUUGAAAAGUAAAAAGCAGAUUGCAGUUGCUGGCAAGGUGGUGGCCCAGGGACACAACGUGUUAGGUAACAUGCCUGGAGUGGGGCCAGAUAUCCCAGAUAUUGGUGAGGUAGCAGUCAACGGGUCCCUUGACCUGUCUGAUUCAGCCAGGGCUGGUGCCAUCACGCUCAAUGUUUUCUUCAUUGGCAUGGACAUCUACAACAUCUGUAAAGACAGCGUCAGUCUGGCCAAAGGCAGCGAGACCAAAGUCUCACAGCUCAUCAGGGCCAGAGCUGCACUUUGGAGCUCAGAGAUGGACUCGUGGAAGAAGAUCCGCAACUCUUUGUGUGAGGGUCUGCGGACAUCAGAGAAAAAACUAGCUAUCCUGGACAUGCCAUUUGAGCUGGAUGAAAGAAAGAUAAAGAAACAGAAAUGGAAUUUCCAUCUGAUGAAGUGGUCUUGUAUAAUACUGUAG